AUGUCGAUGGAACGUUGUGAAAAUUUUACAUUCAAUCAUUCGGAUAUAAAAGUUCCUGCGGAUUCGUGCGAGGAAAAAAAAAAAAAAUUAUUAUUAUCAUUAAAAAAAGAAUCGUGUGAAACGUUGACACCGGUGGAAAAGUGUUUUAGAAAAGUGGAAAAUUCGAUACUGUCGAAUCACACCACCUACGAUUUAAAAUCGGUUAAAUCCUAUUUGGAAUUCUACGAAAGCAUACCUGACUACACGGAUGUCAAUCAUUUAUCGACGGAAGAAUUUUAUGAACGUUUAAAAAAAUUAAAAAUAACUCAGAAAAAAUUCAUCGAAGAAUCUGGAAUUAAUUACGAUAAUAAUAAUAAAUUAUUUAAUUAUAAUAUAAAUAAAAAUAAUGAUGAUAAAAUUUGUUGUUCGCUUUGUUGCGCCGAUCGUGAUUUUUGUGACGGUGUCGAAGAAAUAAAAAAAAAAAUUAUUCACGGUGAUGCUGUUGGUGAUGGUGAUGGUGGUGGUGGUGGUGAUGGCGGUGGCGGUGAAAAACAAAAACCACAAAUAAGAAUAAAUGGCGUCAGCGAUUGUGAUAUCAAUUCGGAUAUAUCGGAAUUAAAAAAACAAUCGGAUUACGAAGCGGAUAGAGAAAGUUCUACACUUCAAAUCGGUCAGGAAAAAUUUUCCAGAAUAAAAAAAUAUUUUUCCCCCCCGAAUGUAGGAGGUGAUGAUUUAUCCGGAAGUUGUAGUAAAAGAUCUAGAAGUUUACCAUUUAGUUCCGGUUGCGAUUGUGAUACACCCGAAACGUGUCAUAGAUUUUCCGAAUAUAAUUUACGGGAUGAACGUUUCCGCCCUAAAUUUGACGGGUAUUACGGUACGACGGGAAAUGAAAAAGUAAAAAAAUCUCACACCACACAAUCUCGAACGAUACCCAUAACUUCGAGAAUUCCAUUAUAUGAUAAAUUAAUGUUUGAAAAAGAAAGAAGGAGAAGAAUUUUACACGAAAGAUAUUCGGAAAAGUUAAAAUCUCUCGUUCAACCAUUUAGCUUUACAAAAAGGGAAGAAGCCAACAGGAAAUUGCUGUUGGCUCGUUCGAAUCCUGAAUUAUAUUCGAUACCAACACCACCACCGAUUGUAAAAUUUAAAGCGAAACCAAUACCGAAAAAUUUAUUUAGUAAUUACGCGUAUGAUAGAAUGAGAGAAGAAGAAUUUUACAGAGCGUUGAAAAAAAGGAUAAGAGCCGAAGAAAUGUUGAAAAUAUCAUCGUUGCCACCUUCGAUGGCUCUGAGAGAGAAACAAUACCUUUCGAAAUCAUUGGAUUACAUGGAUUCAAUUAAAAAUUACGAUAAAAAUAUCGAUUUCGAUGACGUGUCGAGAGACAAGUUGGACGUACCGAAAAAAAAAUGUUACCAUCGAAGUCAUAGAAAAAAAGACAACGGAAGACUCAAUUCCGCGACGGAUAGUUGUUCACUUGAAAUACCAUCACCAUACGAAAGCGUUUUAAACGAUGGUAGAAAAAAAUCCCGACCUCAUUCUGCAUAUAAUACCUGUAGGAAUAAUUUAGCAUCGGUAUUAAGAAUCGAAACUGCCAGAAAACGUAUGGAAAAAGAAAUGGAAGAGAAAUUAAUGGAAAAUCGUUUGAAAUACGAAUCCAAAAUGAAGGAAAAACUCAUACGUAUGACGCCCGAAUGGAAAGCUUUGAAAUACGACAAAGAACAAGAUUUCGCUGUGAGAAUGGCUUUGAGAAAAGAAGAAAAUAAAAUAAGAGAAGAAAAUCAUUUGAAAUCGAUGGAAUCCAUGUACGGUCGAGUGUAUAGCAUGCCACCGUUAUUCGACCAUGAAAGAUUUCAUAAUUUUAAAAAUUGGGUAAGAACAAACGAACAAACGAACAUUACUUUUAAAGUUAUGAUAAUAACAAAGAGUUUUCAUAAAAUUAUGUUUACAGUCAAUUAA